UGGAAGCGGAAGCGGCCGCAUAGGCAAUUGCCCCAACAAUUUCCUUGACACUGGAGCGCGAGCUUCAGCCUUCUGCCUGAUGACCUCUAAGGCCAGAAAGCGAGUGGUCCUUCCCACAAGACCAGCUCCACCCACAGUUGAACAAAUACUUGAGGAUGUCCAAGGUGCUCUGCCCUCUGAUCCAGUUUUCACCUCCUUUACUCCACAAUCCCUGGAAGAGAUUUCGGCCCCUCAGGAGACUGAGGACCCAGAGGCAGAAAGGGAACGGCAGUAUCAGCAGAGUCGUUCCUAUGUGGCCAUGAACCAUCGGCUUCAGUUGGCCUGUGGCCUGCUGAAACAGAAGUGUGAGGAGCUGCGGCAGGCUGGGGACAGCCUUGAGCAGGACAUUUUAGAGAUGAAACAGAGGGCCCUCUUGGGAGCACAGGGUUCCAGCUGUCUUCCCAGUAUGGAUUCCUCAGGUUGAUGUCAUGCUUUUGGAUUUAUUUUUGGAAGUGAAAUUCAGGACUUCAGUAUCUACAGAGACAAAAGCUCUUCUGGAAACUGUUUUUCCAAGACUUAGUGGGUUGAUUUUCCUCCAUGCUUUUCUAUUCUUUAAUUCAACAUCCCCUUCAGACUACAUCCCUGGCUGGGGGAGGGAUGGAGGAAUAUCAUAGCAGGACAUCUACCCCUGGUCCUAUAAAGAGGACGCAGAUGCUAGUAUCAGGAUCUGAAGACAGUCAUUAUCCCUGCCAUUGGAGUCACCUGAGUAGGUCAAGAUUGACCUGGGCCAGUUUGAGUGCUUCAUGGUAUCUAGAACAGAAUCUAAACCAGACCAUGGAACUUAGGACUGAGCCAUUAGCUGCUGUCUUCAAGGAUGAAUCUUCGAGAGACACUGCUCGAUCACCAGAGAAGAAUGCUGACUCCAGGCACACAUUCACUUAAUUGUCAUAGCUCCCAGAAGGGUUAUCUGGUGCUUCUAGCACAGUGUCUUCCUGUUCUCUCCUGUUUCUCUAUACACAGUCCUCAAAGUCCUAUUAAAUCCAUGCCUUGUACUUUUUAAAAGUUGGUCAUGUCUGUGCAUGCUGCCUCUGGUGGUUUUGUUGAUUUUGUUACCCUUGUUAAAUCAA